UGUGCGCUGUCCCUCGGACACAGCGGAUCACGGAAAGAGCCAAAGAUGGGACAUGUACACUGAUCAUCAGGGCACUGAUGAUCAGUGUGCCCUGAUGAUCAGUGUGGCCCCAGAAGUGCCACCUGUCAGUGUCCAUCAGUGCCACAACAAUGCCACAUAUCAGUGCCCAUCUGAGCUGCCUUUCAAUGUCACCCAUCAGUGCCACCUAUCAGUGCUGCCUAUCAGUGUCAUGUAUCAGUGCUGCCUUUCAGUGCCCAUCAGUGAUGCUCGUCAAUGCCCAUCAGUGCAACCUACCAGUGCCUCCUCAUCAGUGUCCAUCAGUGACACCUAUCAG